UCUCACACCAUCACUCACAUUCUGCUGAAGCACCAGAGUUUAACAGAUCCUGAUCCUGAGUCUGUGAUGGCCACUGAGCUGGUUUAUAUAAAUAUGGAGGAAGCAGCAGAAUGGGCCAGUCCAGAUGAAAAUAUUUAUGAAAACUUUGAUGAGGACCCAAAUGAGGACUUUGUGGCUGCUCCAUCAGCUCCGUCAAAGGACGAGCCCCGCGCUCACAGAGGAGUUGUGUGGACAGUGGUCAUAGUUCUGCUCUCUGCUCUGCUGCUGGCUGCGCUCGUCUUCAUCGUGUUGACCAAGAUCGGAGAGAACACAAAAACCAGUCAGAUGAAGAUGUGGAUCACCAAUCUGACCAGUGAGAGGGACGAGCAGCAGGAGAGGAACAUCGACAUGAAAACAUCUAACCACAGCCUGAGUGCACAGAUAAACCUGCUGGAGGAAAACAUUCAAACUUUAGAUGGAGAUCGGAAUAAGCUGAGGAAAGAGCUCCAGGACCUGAAGGAGAGACAUGCAGACCUCAGGCGCAUUAUGGAAAUUGCAAAGAACUGGACGAACAGCAGACAGCAGUGUGAGGAGCUCGGGGCCAGUCUGGUGAUCAUCUCCAGCCCAGAGGAGCAGGCUUUUGUGAGUGAGUUGACUCCUCAGAGUGUGUGGAUCGGUCUGACAGACAGAGAAACAGAGGGCGUGUGGAAAUGGGUGAAUGGAGAAGCAGUAAACACCACGCACUGGAGACCCAAUCAGCCAGAUAACUGGAGAGAAGAAGACUGUGGAGAGAUUUCUUCUUAUAAACUGUGGAAUGACAGAGAUUGCAGUGAGAAAAAGCACUUUGUCUGUGAGAAACAGAUUCCUGGUGUGUGUAACUGUCAGUUCUAGUGCUCCUGGAGUUGUCGUCACAAUUCCAAGAUGCACCUCCAAACCACAAAGUUUGAUAUGGGCCACGGACCUUUUCCGCUCAUUCUGAUCUCCUCUAUGAUAUUGUGCUUUUCUUCAGAUUUUGGUUUUACAAAGCCUUAAAUUGUAUUUGUUAGGUCCAGCAGCCCAUAGUGCACUAAAAACAUAAAGCACAAUAUUGUGUCUGCCAGUGGAACAGCAGACACUACCAGACAUAUCAAUGGAAAUGGUUUUUCAUAGACUGUGAUAAAACCUUUGAAGACAUUCAUUCUUACUCUUAGAUUUUGUUUGGACUGGUAACAAGUCCAACUCCUUACAGGUUUGAAGAGGCAUGAUUUUUCUACAGGCUUCUCUGUUUUUUCUCUGUAUUCCUGUGACUAACCAGCUUUAGUCAGUAUGAGUCCUUUGCUCACAUCCUGCACAUGACAGGAAAUCAUUGUAUAGUAUUAUAGUAUUAUCUUAUUAGUGUUAAUAAUUGUUCUAUUCCUAUUUAUCUAUGUGCUUAUUGUGGGUCUUGUAUGUCAAUAUCUUUGUUUUUAAUAUCUUUAUAAAUCUUAAAUGUAUGUUUUUAUAUU